AUGAUCUGCGCGUGCUGUUUGACCUCCGAAGAUUCUUCGGAAGACUCGUAUACCGAGACAGCACCCGCCACUAGUAUUGAAAUUGACGAGAGAACCAAAGAAGGAUCAGAAUACGAAGAGUUAGCGAUGGUGUUCUGCUCUCGUGGUGAAUACGCUGAAGCUAGAGAAUAUUUCGAAAAAGCUCUUGCGAUCAAAAUUGAAAUCGGCGACUCAGAAAGUACAGCUAUGUACUACGUAAAUUUAGGAACUGUGUGCAGGUUCAUUGGAGAAUACGCCGAGGCUAAAGAAUAUUACGAAAAAGCUCUUUCCAUCGCAACUGAAAUUGGCGACAAAGAAGUAGAAGCAUUAUGUUAUCGAAACUUGGGAACUGUGUGUUUUUUCCUUCAUAAAUGUGUCGAGGCUAAAGAACACACUGAAAAAGCGCUUGCGAUUAGAAUUGAAAUUGGCGAUAGAUCGGGUGAAUCAGCAGAUUACUCAAACUUAGGAAUGAUCCAUAAGUCGCUUGAAGAAUAUGUCAGAGCUAAAGUAUGUCUCCAAAAAGCACUUGAAAUCAAAAUUGAAAUUGGCGACCGGAAAGGAGAAGCAACAGAUUGCGGAAAUCUUGGUACUGUGUUCAGCUCACUUGGCGACCAAGUCAAAGCUCAGGAGUACUUUCAGAAAGCACUCGCCAUUGUGGUUGAAGUUGGGGACGAAUCAGGAGAAGCAACAGUUUGCGAAAACUUAAGUGCGGUGUUAUAUUUGCUCAGUGAAUACGCCAAGGCGAAGAAAUAUCAAGAAAAAGCACUUGGGAUCAGAAUCAAAAUCGGCGACAGAGAAGGUGAAGCGAGGAAUUACGGAACCCUUGGAAUUGUGUGUAGGUCGCUUGGUGAACUCACAAAGGCUAAAGAUUAUCUCGUAAAAGCAAUUGCCAUCAGGGUUGAAACUGGCGAUAGGAGAGGAGAAGCAACAGAUUACGCAAACUUAGCAACGGUGGCUUGGUCGCUCGGCGAAUACGAUAAAGCUAAAGAAAACAUCGAACAAGCACUUGUGAUCAGUACUGAAAUCGGCGACAGAGAAGGGGAGUCAUCAUAUUACGUAUUCUUAGGAACUGCAUGUCGGUCGCGCGGUGAAUACAUCAGCGCUAAAGAAUUUUUCGAGAAAGGGCUUGCCCUAAGCAGGGAAAUUGGAGACAAAAAAGGGGAAGCAACAAAUAGUGGAAACUUAGGAGAUGUAUUUUUUUGGUUAGGUGAAUACGUCAAGGCUAAAGAAUAUCUAGAAAAAUCCCUAGUGAUCAGAAUUGAAACUGGUGACAAAACAGGUGAAGCAUCAGAUUGUGGAAACCUAGGAACGGUGUUUUGGUGGCUGAAGGAUUACGUCAAGGCUAAAGAUUAUCUUUUAAAAUCAGUUGCCAUCAGAAUUGAAACUGGCGACAGAAGAGGAGAAGCAUCAGAUAACAGAAAGUUAGGAACUGUAUGUAGGUCGCUUGGUGAGUACGUCGAGGCUAAAGAAUUUCACGAAAAAGCCCUUUCUAUUAGAACUGAAAUUGGCGACAGAAAUGAAAAGGCAUCUGACUUCAGUGGUAUUGCGGGUGCGUCAAGUAGACACUUUGAGGCCGAAGAAUAUUGCGACAAGCCGCUUGCGAUUAAAACUGAAACUAAUGGCAGAGGCGAAGAAGCAUCAGAUUACGAAAGCUUAGGAAAUUUGAAUUGCUUGCUAAGUGAAUUUGCCAAGGCUGAAGAAUGUUUCGAAAAAGCCAUUGCGAUCAGAGUUGAAAUCGGUGACAGAGAAGGAGAAGCGUCAAAUUACGGUAACUUAGGAACUGUCUUUGAGACGCUUGGUAACUACGUCAAGGCUAAAGAAUAUCAAGAAAAAGCACUUGCUGUCAUGAUUGAAAUCGGCGACAAAUCAGGCGAAGCAACAGCCUACGGAAAUUUGGCAACAGUGUUGUGGUCAAUAAGUGACUACAAAAUGGCUAAAGAAUAUCAAGAAAAAGCGCUUGCAAUCAGAAUUGAAAUUGUGAAAGCACAGGAAUAUCUACAAAAAGCUGUUUCCCUAAGAAUUGAAAUCGGUGACAGAGAAGGAGAAGCAACAGAUUACGGAAAUUUAGGAACUAUGUUUCAAUUUCUUGGUGAAUACGACAAGGCUAAAGAGUGCAUGGAAAGAGCACUGGCCAUUAAAAUCGAAAUCAGCGACAGAGCAGGCCAAGGGAUAGAUUACGGAAACUUAGCAACGGUGUACACCUCUCUUGGCGACUACGUCAAAGCACGAGAAUAUCUCCAAAAAGCCCUUGCGAUCAGAAUUGAAAUUGGCGACAGAAAAGGAGAAGCAUCAGAUUACGGAAACUUAGGAACUGUGUUUCAUUCGCUCGGUGAAUACGCGGAGGCGAAAGAAUAUAUAGACAAAGCACUUGCGAUUAAAACUAACAUUGGCGACAGGAGAGGAGAAGCAUCAGAUUACGGAAACCUAGGAAAGGUCUAUAUCUCUCUUGGCGACUACGUCAAAGCACGAGAAUAUCUCCAAAAAGCCCUUGCGAUCAGAAUUGAAAUUGGCGACAGAAAAGGAGAAGCAUCAGACUACGGAAACUUAGGAACUGUGUUUCAUUCGCUCGGUGAAUACGUGAAGGCGCAAAGAUAUUUAAACAAAGCACUUGCAAUCAGAACUGAUAUUGGAGACAGGAGAGGAGAAGCAUCAGAUUACGAAAACUUAGGAACCGUGUUUAACUCGCUUGGUGAUUACGCUAAAGCUAAAGAGUAUUUCCAAAAAGCACUUGCCAUCACAAUUGAAAUUGGAGACAGAUCAGGUGAAGCAACGAGUUACGGAAACCUUGGAACCUUAUUUAACUCGCUCGCUGACAACUUCAAGGCUAAAGAAUAUAUCCAAAAAGCAAUCGCCAUGAAACUUGAAAUUGGUGACAGAUCAGGUGUAGCAGCAAGUUACGGAAACUUAGCAGUCAUGUUUAGCUCGCUCGGUCAGUACGUCAAGGCUAUAGAAUAUCAAGAAAAAGCACUUGCCAUCAGAAUUGAAAUCGGCGACAGAAAUGGAGAAGCGUUUUCUUACGGAAACUUAGGAACUGUGUUUAGCUCACUUGGAGAACACACCAAGGCCAAAGAAUAUCACGAAAAGGCACUUGCCAUCAGAACUAAAAUUGGCCACAGAGCAGGUGAAGCAACAGAUUACGGAAACUUAGGAACAGUGUUUCACUCGCUCGGGGAAUACGUUAAGGCCAUAGAAUAUCAAGAGAAAGCACUUGCCAUCAGAAGUGAAAUUGGCGACAGGAAAGGAGAGGCAUUUUGUUACGGAAACUUGGGAACUGUGUACCACUCGCUUGGCGACAUACUCAAAGCACAAGAUUAUUGCAAGAAUGCGCUCGCCAUCAGAAUUGAAAUUGGUGACAGAGAAGGGCAAACAGCAGAUUAUAUAAAUCUAGGAAACAUUUUUAGAUCGCUCGGUGAUUUUAAAGUUUCGGAAGAAUAUUCGCUUCUUUCUCUCCAUCAAUGUAUUGAAAAAUAUGAAAUGUUGCGUGGGCAUCUUGGAAUGAAUGAUCAGCUUAAAACAUCGAUUUUGGAGGUUAGUGGUGCAAUUCCUUACGCGAUGUUCAGCGUGUUGCUUUCAGUCAACGGAAAUCCUCGCGAUGCGCUUUAUGUUGAAGAGCUGGGGCGAGCGAGAGGCCUGGCAGAAUUGAUGGCAGAAAAGUACUCUGUUGAAACGCACACGUCCGCUGAUCGACAGUCGUGGUCUGGAAUUGAAAACAUUAUGAGAGAAGAAACAAACUGUGCCUGUCUGUACAUUUCCUAUUUUCAAAAUUUUGUGCAUCUGUGGGUCUUGAAAGCAAGUGGAGCCAUUCAUUUCAAAAGAGUAUCAGCCGACAAGGUCUUUCUUCAGUUGGGAUUUGCCGCAGGCUUGACUGUCAGUCAAUUUUUAGUUAAUUCGAGUUUCAGACAGAUUGGUGUUUUGCCAGCUAAAGAUUGCGAAGAUCGAUCUUUGAAUGUCGGUGAGCCACAAUCAAUUUCAUUUAAGCAAGAGAACUCCACAGCAUUACGACUUAUGGAGGAAGAGGACGAAAAUUUCACAGAAGAAAAUACCAGUUUGUCAUUAUGCUACAAAAUCUUUGUCGCCCCAGUGGUUGACUUACUCGAGGAGCCUGAAGUCAUCAUUGUACCUCACAGAAGCUUAUACAAAGUUCCAUUUGCUGCCCUGAGUGUAGAGGGAACAUUUCUGUCGGAAACUCAUAGAAUCCGUACAAUUCCCUCAUUGACGACACUGAAACUAAUUCAAGACAGUCCGGUGCACUAUCAUAGUCAGACUAAUGCACUGAUUGUGGGUGAUCCCAAAGUUGGCUGGGUCAUGUUCAAGGGAGGUAUUCAGUACAUCACCUCAUUACCUAAUGCAAGGAAAGAAGCAGAGAUGAUUGGACGACUGAUGGGCGUAAAGCCUUUAUUAGGAGAGCAAGCGACGAAGCAGGCGGUAAUCGAGAAGAUAACAUCAGUGAGCCUAAUACAUUUUGCUGCACAUGGCGAUGCUGAAAGAGGAGAAAUCGCCCUUUCCCCAAUUCGUACUCCUGACAGCCCUGAUAUCACCCCACAAGAAGAAGAUUACCUGUUAACGAUGGCUGAGAUAUCACAAGUUAAAGUUAGAGCUAAACUGGUUGUACUCAGUUGCUGUCACAGUGGAAGUGGACAGAUCAAAGCCGAGGGAAUAAUCGGAAUUGCUCGGGCGUUCUUAGGAUCCGGUGCUCGGUCGGUGUUGGUUGCAUUAUGGGCCAUAUCAGACACAGCAACAGAACAGCUCAUGAAUCGUUUCUAUGAACAUCUUGCUCGUGGAGAUAGCGCCAGUGAAUGUCUUUACCAGGCCAUGAAGUGGAUGAGAAACAACGGCUAUACCAAUGUCUCUGAUUGGGCUCCAUUCAUAUUGAUUGGAGAUGACAUCAUGUUUGAUUUUGGAAAAUUAAGCUUGGAAAAGUAA